AUGUCAGCCGCUUCGGUGUUCGCGAGGGCCUCACGAGGACUCGCACAGAGAGGAGCAUGGAGCGGAGCUAGGACACAGACUGCUUUUGGCAGCAGGAUACCAGCCCUCUCCGCGCUAGCCAGGUACUAUGCCUCCGGAAAAUCAUACCCAUCACACACCGUUAUCUCCAUGCCCGCACUUUCCCCAACGAUGACCUCCGGAAACAUUGGUUCAUGGCAAAAACAGCCCGGAGACUCACUUGCGCCGGGCGACGUUCUGGUGGAGAUUGAGACAGACAAGGCACAGAUGGACUUUGAGUUUCAAGAGGAGGGUGUGCUUGCGAAGAUCCUGAAAGACUCUGGCGAGAAGGAUGUCCCAGUCGGCAACCCGAUCGCCGUACUGGUCGAGGACGCCGGCGAUGUCUCCGCAUUCGAGGACUUCAGCAUUGAGGAUGCUGGCGGCGAGAAGGCAGCUCCGAAGGAGGACAAGAAGGGCGGCCAAGAAGCCGCUGAGGCCACCGAAUCACCAGACUCCGGAUCCGGCACUGCCCCACCAAAGGGCAAGCAGGAGUCUGCUCCACAGGCACAAGAAUCCGAGUCGUCAGGCGAGAGACUUGAGCCUACCAUUACCCGCUGGAAGGGACCAAAGGCACAGGAAGCAGCGAAGUCGUCCGGAUCUGGCGCAGUCCCAGCCGUUGCAGGCGUCACUUCGCCAGCUACAUACGAGGACAUCGAACCAUCGAGCAUGCGCAAGACUAUUGCAUCCCGCCUCACGCAGUCCUUCCAGCAAAACCCACACUACUUUGUCGCCUCGACCGUUUCCGUCACUAAGCUUCUGAAGCUCCGCCAAGCAUUGAACGCCUCUGCAGAUGGCAAGUACAAGCUCUCCGUGAACGACUUCCUCGUCAAGGCACUCGCAUACGCCGCACGUAAGGUUCCAGCGGCCAACAGCUCGUGGAGGGAGAUCGACGGCAAGGUUGUCAUCAGGCAAAACAAUGUUGUCGAUGUGUCGGUCGCAGUCGCAACCCCAGUCGGCCUCAUGACACCAAUCGUCAAGAACGUCACUGGAACCGGCCUCGAGACGGUAUCGGCACAGAUUAAGGACCUCGGAAAGCGCGCACGAGACGGCAAGCUGAAGCCAGAGGAGUACCAGGGCGGCACAAUCACCAUCUCCAACAUGGGCAUGAACGACGCCAUUGACCGAUUCACCGCCAUCAUCAAUCCACCACAAGCCACAAUCCUCGCAGUCGGCGCCGUAAAGAAGGUCGCAGUACCAAAAGACCUCGAGGAGGGCGCCAAGAGCUUCGAAUGGGACGACCAAAUCGUGCUCACAGCAUCGUUCGACCACAAGGUCGUUGACGGUGCAGUUGGCGGCGAGUUCAUGAAGGAGCUCAAGAAGGUUAUUGAGAACCCACUUGAGAUGCUACUUUAA